CAGACAGAAGCAACACACUCUAAUGUUACUAUUUUUGACAAGCUGCCCCUCACACACAUUCACACACUCAACACACACACUCCUGCCGCAUGCACGACUGCACACAAAUACACAAACCCACACACUCUCUCUCUCUCUCUCUCUCUCACACAUACACACACAAAAAGACAUCCGCUGGAUACUGGCACACGCUGGAGCAGAGGAAUCAGAAACAUAGCGACACAGAAGGGCUAGCAGGCAGACAGGCAGGCGGAAACACAAUCCCUGUACUGGACUGGACUGGGAGAGACUAUACUGGGAGGCAGAUGUACUGUACUGGGAUAUAUUUAUACUGGGGAGGCUAACCUCGUCAUGGCAACAAACCGACCUCUCUAAGGAUUAAACUUCUCUUCCUCCAAAGGACUUCAUCCUCCUUCCUCCUCAUCUCUUCAUUCAUUUUUCACCUUCCUUUUUUUCUACAAUCGUUCCUUUUAAAAUUUGAUUGGUUGUUGCUGCCAGCCGGAGAUCGAUGUGAGGAUUAUACCAACAGCUCUUUCUCUCCGUUUCUUUACGUUAGGAUAGAUUUUUUGUGACGGUUUUGGCGUUGGGGUUGGUGGUGGGUGGCUGGUAUUUUGGAAGGGCGGAGUAUCUCUUCCUUGCCCCUUUCCCCAGGAGGAGGCUGGCAUCGGGGCGUCCUGAUGCCAGGGCUCGUCUAGAGAGGGUGGACGCGGGACGCUCCGACAUGCCCCACCCCCUUCACUCUGCCGGGCCCCCUGAUUGGCAGAGCCAGGGGAGGACCUCGCAGACAACCACACCAAACAGACCUGUCCUGCUGUGUCUCCUGUGUGUCCUGUCUUCCCUGGUGGAUCUAACCACCGCCUGUCCUCCGACCUGCCUCUGCAACGCCACCGACGUAGACUGCAGUGGGCGAGGCCUGCUCUCCAUGCCCGCCCUCACCCAUCUCCCCGUCACCGCCCACACCCUCCUGCUGCCCAACAACCACCUCUCCUCCCUGGGUCCAGGGUCCUUCGCUAACCUCACCUCCCUGGAGCGACUGGAUCUCUCCAACAACCACCUCUCCUCCCUGGGUCCAGGGUCCUUCGCUCACCUCACCUCCCUGGAGCGACUGGAUCUCUCCAACAACCACCUCUCCUCCCUGGGUCCAGGGUCCUUCGCUCACCUCACCUCCCUGGAGCGACUGGAUCUCUCCAACAACCACCUCUCCUCUCUGGGUCCAGGGUCCUUCGCUAACCUCACCUCCCUGGAGCGACUGGAUCUCUCCAACAACUACCUGGAUAAUCUUCCCCCAGUGCUCUUCAAGGACCUGGGGAAUCUAUCAGAUCUGACCCUUCACAACAACAGUCUUAGGGCCUUGGAUAGGGAUCUCUUCCAGGGGCUGGUGGGGCUGAGGAAGCUAGAUGUCUCCCUCAACGGGCUGUCUGAUAUCCCCCUGGGUCUGCUGGAUGAGCUGCAGGGGCUGACGUGGCUCUCCGUGGCCGGGAACAGGCUCCAUGCCCUGGAGAGAGCAGCCUUCGAGCCCCUGGCUAACCUCCAGUCUCUUCAGCUAGGGGCUAACCCCUGGGAGUGUGACUGCAACCUGAGAGACUUCAAGCACUGGAUGGAGUGGCUGCUGUACAGAGGUGGUAAGGUAGAUGGGGUGGAGUGUACCCUCCCUAAGGACCUGCGAGGGCGGGACAUCCGUGGUGUUCCAGUGGAGAUGUUCAACUACUGCCUCCAACUGGAUGACGAGAACAGGGGAGGAGGGGGGACGCGGAGCGGAGGAAAAGAGGGUUCAUCCCCGCCCUGCGGCCGAACUACCGGCCCCGGAGCCCCCACAUCCGGAUCUGAAGUCCCCCCUGCGGGCGACCUGGUGCCCGUCCCGGACUGUGUGCGGCGGCGCUACCAGCCGGUGAGCGUGCGGAGGGCCAUCGGGACGGUGGUGAUAGCCGGGGUGGUGUGUGGCAUCGUGUGUAUCAUGAUGGUGGGGGCGGCGGCCUACGGAUGUAUCUAUGCCUCGCUCAUGGCCAAGUAUCAACGAGAGCUGAAGAAGAGGCAGCCGCUGAUGGGAGACGGGGAGGGUGACGCAGACCCUGAGGACAAGCAGAUCUCAUCUGUGGCAUAGAGGGGUCAGGGGUUAGAGGUCAGGGGUCAAGGUUGAAAGGGCUCUAUUACUCCUCUCCCUCCUCUCCCCCUGAAACCAACCAGCUCCUGCUACUGUCUUCUCUAUCUCCACCAAACGACAAUCACAAUGGGUCCUCUCCUCCAUUCUGAACCCUGUUCUCAUUCUGAGAUGAGAUAGAUAUGUACGAGUCAGACCACUAGACAACCGCCUGAUAGGGUGAGCAACAAACUCUGAACCUUCAAUGACCCUUCUCUAUCCCUCAGCCCACAAACCCCACAGCCCUGCUGGGUCUGGUUUGGCUUGGUCUGGACUGGUCUGAUUUGACAUGGUCUGGUUUGGCAGGACAUGGUGGAGGGAUGGCCUGAUUCUCUCUGUCCUCUCCCUCCUGUUGUUCUCUGAGAUGGAGGGAUGGCCUGGUUCUCUCUGUCCUCUCCCUCCUGUUGUUCUCUGAGAUGGAGG